UUGUUCUCGUCUGUGUAGUCUUUCUGAGGGAUAGAUGCCGUUUCCUCCGCUUGUCUCUGGGGGUGACAGGGAGCGCAGGGGAGCUUCUUGGGGAAAUCUCUCCAACUCGUGCUGCCUGGUGGGACUCGCUCUUUGCCCCAGACGUGGAACAGAUACGAACGGGAGAACGAGAGGAAGUAGUGAAGCUAAGGGUUGAUUUACUCUGCACCCUGUGUUCUUGCUCUCUCUGUUCCGUCCCUGGGACCCUUGUCAGGCGUUCUUAAAGGGAAAUCUGCGGAAGAAGGGGUUCGCAGAAAGGUGGGGCAGAGCCCAUUUGACUUGGCAUCAGAGUGAAAGAAAUGUCUUUAUUUAAAGCCCGUGAUUGGUGGUCUACUGUUCUGGGGGAGAAAGAAGAAUUUGAUCAAGGCUGUUUGUGUUUGGCUGAUGUUGAUAAUAGUGGAAAUGGACAAGACAAAAUAAUUGUGGGUAGCUUUAUGGGAUACUUAAGAAUCUUCAAUCCCCAUCCUUUAAAAACAAGAGAUGGAGCUCAAGCUGAAGAUUUGCUUCUAGAAGUACAUCUGCGAGAUCCAAUACUUCAAGUGGAAGUAGGAAAGUUUGUAUCAGGUACAGAAAUGCUGCAUUUGGCUGUGUUGCAUUCUAGAAAACUUUGUGUCUACUUUGUCUCAGGAACCUUGGGUAAUGUGGAACAUGGGAACCAAUACCAGAUCAAAUUGAUGUAUGAACACUAUCUUCAGAGAACAGCCUGCAAUAUGACCUAUGGAUCAUUUGGUGGUGUAAAAGGUCGAGAUUUAAUUUGUAUCCAGUCUAUGGAUGGGAUGCUGAUGGUGUUUGAACAAGAAAGCUAUGCUUUUGGCAGAUUUCUCCCUGGUUCUCUUCUGCCUGGCCCUCUUGCUUAUAGUUCCCGUACGGAUUCCUUCAUUACUGUCUCUUCCUGCCGACUAGUGGAAAGUUAUAAGUACCAAGUACUCGCUUUUGCAACGGAUGCAGAUAAAAAGCAGGAGAUCGAACAGCAAAAACUUGGUUCUGGAAAAAGACUAGUUGUUGAUUGGACUCUAAAUAUUGGAGAGCAAGCCCUUGAUAUAUGUAUUGUCUCUUUCAAUCAGUCAGCAUCUUCUGUUUUUGUUCUUGGAGAGAGGAAUUUUUUUUGCCUUAAGGAUAAUGGACAAAUUCGAUUUAUGAAGAAGCUUGACUGUAGCCCGAGUUGUUUUCUCCCAUAUUGCUCAGUUUCUGAAGGAACAAUAAAUACUUUGAUUGGAAACCAUAAUAACAUGUUGCAUGUUUAUCAGGAUGUGACACUUAAGUGGGCUACUCAACUUCCCCACAUUCCUGUAGCAGUAAGAGUUGGCUGUUUGCAUGAUUUAAAGGGAGUUAUAGUCACUCUGAGUGAUGAUGGUCACCUGCAGUGUUCAUACCUGGGGACAGACCCUUCUCUGUUCCAAGCUCCAAAAGUUGAAUCUAGAGAACUACACUAUGAUGAACUUGAUAUAGAAUUGAAAGAACUUCAGAAAAUCAUCAAAGAUGUUAACAAAUCACAAGGUGUUUGGCCCAUGACUGACAGAGAAGAUGACUUGAAAGUUUCUGCUGUGGUUUCUCCUAACUUUGAUGCAGUGUCUCAAGCCACUGAUGCUGAAGUUGGAACUGACACUGUCCCUUCCAUCUCAGUGAAGAUCACAUUACAGAAUCGAGUGGUAUUACAGAAAGCCAAAUUAUCAGUCUAUGUGCAACCACCAUUAGUGUUGACUUGUGAUCAGUUCAACCUUGAAUUUAUGACACCAGAGAUGACUAGAACAGUGGUUUUUUCUGUUUAUCUGAAAAGAAGUUAUUUACCAUCUGAAUUGGAAGGAAAUGCUGUUGUUUCUUAUACCAGACCAACAGAUCGAAAUCCUGAUGGCAUUCCUAGAGUUAUCCAAUGUAAAUUUAGACUUCCCCUGAAAUUAAUCUGCCUACCAGGUCAGCCUUCAAAAACUGCAAGCCACAAACUAACUAUUGAUACCAACAAAUCUCCAGUCAGUCUUCUCAGUCUCUUCCCAGGUUUUGCCAAUCAGUCAGAUGAUGAUCAGGUGAAUGUAAUGGGUUUUCGCUUCUUGGGAGGUUCCCGAGUUACUGUUCUUGCUUCCAAAACUUCUCAACGAUACCGCAUUCAGAGUGAACAGUUUGAAGAUCUUUGGCUUAUAACAAAGGAACUUACUCUUCGCCUUCAAGAAUAUUUUGAAAAGCAGGGAAUCAAAGAUUUUGCCUGUUCUUUUUCUGGCUCUAUGCCUCUCCAAGAAUAUUUUGAGUUGAUUGAUCAUCAUUUUGAGUUGCGGACAAAUAGUGAAAGAUUUGAAGAACUCUUAUCUGAAAGAGCUGUACAAUUUCGAGCCAUUCAACGUCGGCUAUUAACAAGGUUCAAAGAUAAAACACCUGCUCCUCUCCAACACCUGGACACCUUGCUAGAUGGAACUUACAAGCAGGUAAUUGCUCUAGCAGAUGCGCUAGAGGAAAACCAGGACAAUCUGUUCCAGUCAUUUACCAGGCUGAAAAGUGCCACCCAUUUGGUGAUUCUGCUGAUCGGGCUGUGGCAGAAGCUCAGUGCUGACCAAAUUGCUAUUCUGGAGGCAGCAUUUCUGCCGCUGCAGGAAGAUACUCAAGAAUUGGGAUGGGAAGAAACAGUGGAUGCUGCCAUUUCCCACCUGUUGAAGACUUGCCUGUCAAAGAGUUCAAAGGAGCAGGCUUUGAACUUUAGCAGCCAGCUGAACAUACCCAAAGACACAAGCCGACUGAAGAAACACAUCACCUUGCUGUGUGACAGAUUAGCCAAAGGAGGCCGUCUCUGCUUGAGUACUGAUGCGGCAGCCCCGCAGACCAUGGUCAUGCCAGGUGGCUGUGCUACGAUCCCAGAAUCAGAUCUAGAGGAACGGUCAACAGAACAAGACUCCACAGAACUGUUUACCAACCACAAGCACCUCAUUGCAGAGACAUCUACGCCAGAAGUUUCACCCCUCCAAGGAGUGUUGGAAUAAUCCAGGCAGAGUUGUUUGGUUGAGAGGAAGACGCCCUUCCCAAGGCUAAACCUGUGUGGACCUCACGCGAAACAGAUGGAGGGCUGGCCCAGGUGCUUCAUAAGGCUGACCUUCCCGGAGAUGGCAUUACAUAGAGAUGGGAAUCGGGCCUUUUAUUUAGCUGGAAUACCAUGAGCAAGUCAGUUGAAACUUGUCAUGUCUUGCCAGGAGACAGAAGACGAGGGUGCUGGCUUUCGUCAUCUGCAUGCUUCUAGUCACAGAAUAUAGCAAUAUGGCAUAGUUUGGGGACAGACUUUAUAAUGCAGAGAUCCAGAUCCAAAAUAAUUUGAUACCCCAUUUUUUCACAGACUUCUUAUAUAGUAAAUGUA